ACCGCGAUCAAUUGGGCAAAGCAAAUUUUCGGAGUAUUUCAUUUCAUGUCUAUUUCAAACAAUAAAAUGUGGACUUUCAGGUUUAAUACAGGUCUAUAUGCUUUCCAUUGUUAUCAUUAUCAUGUCAAAGAAGAGACUUUUCAUUUGAAAAUUGACUGUCUGAUGAUCAUGAUUACUAAUGUUUUGUUGUUGACAAAUGCCUAAACAGUUCAAGCCCAACUAUGUGUGUGUUUUGUUCAAACAGAUUACAUUCACAUCAACCAGGGUUUCAGAAAAGGCUGAUGUGGGUAUCGAUGAUAUCUUCAUUUAUAAUCACCCACAGGAUUUGUACACUUCAACAGUUCCUACAAACAGCGCAAGUACCGAUGUCACAACUGCACCUAUGUCAUCCAGUUCCCCUGCCACAAACCAGGGACUCACCGUUCCUGGUAAUUCUGUUGCGACAUCAGAUAUGUCGGAUGAGCUAACAUCUGGUACAGAGAUGACUACAAGGUCAUCAAGUUCCAUUUCACCAAUCCCGAGAAAAGGAUCAAGUACUGUAUUGCCGAUUUCUCUAAGUGCCGCAGGAUUGCUUUUAGUAGUUGCAGUAAUACUUCUUGUCUGUUUCAUCAGAAAUAGACGUCAACAGCCAGAAAAGCCCAUUUCGCUGGAGUCCAUCCAUAGAUACGACAACCAUGCUUACAACACAGGAAUGGACGGGCUACACCACAGUACAAGAGAUACACGGCGGGACACUGACAGCACCUUCGACAGCAGCACAUGGCGCUCGACGGCUUCUACCCUGAACAACCCGGAGGUGAAUGGAACACUAAGCGGAAGUCAGUCACCGAAUGGUUCCAGUCAUGCUUCUCGUACUUCAAGGUCCGCAGUUCCAGGAGAUGGAGAAGACGCGGAGACCAGGCAAUAUUUUGUGCUGAAUCCUGACCGCGCAUCCAUGCUCGUGGAGAAUGAAGAGAAUGUAGACAGCAGGAGUCCCCGGGAUCCGGAGGCGCUGUAUGACAAUAAACCAGAGCGCUACACCUACAUCGAUGAUACCUCCUCAGAUGCCAUGGCAACGGGUGAUAGUCAUGGCUUGGGUUUAGAAGACAACGGUUAUGAUCCGGUGACCGUGAAGGACGACAUCACCGGUGGGUACCAGUACGUCGAUGACACUGGAACGGCCGUUGCGAAUGACGCUACUAAACGUGGCGAUCUUUCAAGUCCAUAUGAAACAGUGACUAUUACAGAGCCAUCCCCGCAGUCAAAAUCGAAGAAGACUAAAUCGAGUGAGAGGAAGGUACCUGUUCCGGCGACAAGAAAGAAUAUUCCACCCAAACCCAAGGAAAUGAUGGUCGAUAAUAUUUUAUAUAAACCAAUGAAUGGUGAAAUAAGGGUUGAUAAUGUAAUAUAUAACCCUGUACAAGAUGACAGAUAAAUAUUUGUCUUAUCUUGUCUUUUGCGUUUAAUCUUUGUGUUCAUCAUGUUCAUUGGUUAGUAAUCAAGUCUACUUUCAUGGUCCAUAUUAUUUGGUACGUUCAGCUUCGGGAGGUCAAUAUUAUGAUGGAUUAAAUGUUAAGGGAAAUGGUUGUCUCGCUGAAAGUAAAAUUAGAUAUGAUAAUGCGAUAUCAUUUUGAAAAAAAGUACUUGAAAUAUGCUGUUAAUAUUUUUAAUGCCUCCGUUAAAAGUUUUUAUAAUGUAGUAAUAUUUUCGAAAACACUCAUCAACCUACUAUACAAUCAUGGUGCCAGCUAUGAAAGCUGUUUCUCCUUUCUACAUCAUUUCCUUUUUCCAUUCAUAUUGUAUAAAAAAGCUUGUGAUUUUUUUGUGGCGCACUGUAAAUUUUGUGACGAAUGUGCUUUGUUUUUAAAUGCAUAAGCGUAAUGUGUUAUAUGAUUAUAUCUGCGAAUACUUGAAGUAUGCUAUUUUAUAUUGUCAGAUAUUGACAUAUCCUCAUGAUUUUGAUAUAAAAAAAUUUAGGAGCAGAAAAAACCAUGAUAAUAUAUACUAUAGUUAGCUCAUGAUACCAAAUUGUCCAUUUACUUAGACAAUUUCAAUAAUUUGGGAUUUGAGAUUACGCGUGUGAUGGGAAUGUUUUGUUAUAAUGCUACAAAGGGAAUACUUCAUGAAACUGUUAUUUCUUCUGAACGUAAAUUCGGCCCCAUACUUCCUGUCUGGCCCGCUUAUAAUUUUGGGCUCAUUACGCACCUGGCUUGAAUUGGUUCCGUAUUUACUUAUGUAUAUUCAGUAUCAAAUUUCAAUAUUGCAUAAUCUUC